UACACAUUCGAGUGUCUGCGCAUCCACGCUGCUCCAAGGAACGUACAAUUUCCUGAAGACUUACGGUUAUUGAACAUCAGCGCCAAUUAACUCCAAAAUGGAGAAGAAAAACGGACACACAAUGACAAAUUCGGUCUCCACUGACGAAAUCUUGGAGAAUAAUUUAAAGAAGAAAAGCUGUAAGGACAUCUUUGUGGUGUUUUUGAAUAGGAAUAUGUUAGUCAUAAUGACGGUGUCUGGUGUUCUGGUAGGCGUUGGGCUCGGAAUGUUGGUUCGGAACAUGGACCUAACCCGGGCGCAGAUGACUUAUUUUGCUUUCCCGGGGGAGAUGCUUCUGAGGAUGCUGAAGAUGAUCAUCCUUCCUCUGGUCGUGUGUAGCCUGAUCUCUGGCGCCGCGAGCUUGGACACCCGCUCUCUUGGAAAACUAGGAGGCAUCGCGGUUUCCUACUUCUUAGUGACCACCCUCAUCGCUUCUGGAAUCGGUGUGACCCUCGCCUUUAUAAUCAAACCCGGUGUGGGUGCCGGGGCUCUGAACACCAAUAACCUAGUUCUCGAGAGCGUCACUAACAACAAGGAGACCACCGAUUCGUUUUUAGAUCUCGCAAGGAAUUUGUUCCCAGCUAACCUGGUGGCUGCAGCCUUCCGUUCUUACGCCACCGAUUAUAAGAUGGUUGCUGUGGGAAACGACACCAACGGAACCACCCUCUACCAGAAGGUUCCUGUGGGUACAGAACCAGAUGGUAUGAAUAUCCUAGGCCUGGUCCUCUUUGCCAUGGUGUUCGGGGUGGCCCUGAGGAAGCUGGGGUCGGAGGGGGAGGAGCUUAUACGCUUCUUCAAUGCUUUCAAUGAAGCCACCAUGGUGCUGGUGUCCUGGAUCAUGUGGUAUGUCCCGUUCGGCAUCAUGUUCCUGGUGGGCAGUAAGAUAGUGGAGAUGGAGGACGUGGUCCUGCUGGUGACCAGCCUGGGGAAGUACAUCUUCGCCUCCAUCCUGGGCCACGUCAUCCACGGGGGAAUCGUCCUGCCGCUCAUCUAUUUCGGCUUUACGCGCCAGAACCCCUUCAGCUUCCUGUCGGGCCUCAUCACGCCCUUCACUACCGCCUUCGCCACCUGCUCGAGUUCGGCGACCCUGCCCUCCAUGAUGAAGUGUGUAGAGGAGAACAACGGGGUGGACAAGCGGAUCAGUCGUUUCAUCCUUCCGAUCGGGGCCACGGUCAACAUGGACGGGGCGGCCAUCUUCCAGUGUGUGGCGGCAGUCUUCAUCGCCCAGCUCAACAACGUGGAUCUCAACGCUGGUCAGAUAUUCACCAUCCUCGUGACGGCCACGGCGUCUAGCGUGGGCGCGGCGGGCAUCCCAGCCGGUGGCAUCAUCACCAUCGCCAUCAUCCUGGAGGCCAUCGGCCUGCCCACCAACGACCUGUCACUCAUGCUGGCCGUCGACUGGAUCGUGGACCGCACCACAACCGUUGUAAAUGUGGAAGGAGAUGCCUUGGGCGCCGGAAUCCUCCACCACAUCAACCAACAGGAAGUGAAGAAGCAACAUCCGGCGGAGGACCAGGAGCUGGCGGAGGUCCGGGUGGAGGCGGUAGCCAACGCAGUGGGCGAGGAAGAGACCUCCCCGCUAGUCACGCGCCAAACCCCGGGUUCAGCGCGCGACAAGCCAUCCGUGGAGACCCCGGAAGCUGCUGAGUCUGUCCUGUGAACUAUGUGAACCAACUGUGACUUCUGCCUCUGCCACUCUGUCAUGGUUACAAUACCGCCGCUACUGCUGACUCAACCGAAUCAAUGGAAUCGACUCAAUCUACCCUGAGCAUAGAUGCUAUACCUCUUGAUGUUCACGAAUCAUUUCACUUGUAGGAAAAUAGUCCCAUGAAUUGAGUUCUCCUGAGGUGAAUCUCAACUUUAUUUUAUACCCAUAUUUUAGUUAUCCUAAGUGUCUUUAAGUGCCACAGGAAGGUUAGCCUGUUCCACUGCUUGACUUUGGCAACAGUUCUAAGCACUGUUCCCACCGCCUUUUGAGGAGGCGCAUGAGCCACCACAGGCUCCGCUAUGAAACAAGAAGCCUAGCCUGGCAGCAAGGUUGAUCUGAGCCGAAUACAGCCUACUAGUACACUUCAGAGAGAGAUGACCUCAGCAUUAGGUUAUGUGAUUUAUUAUUUAACUUUCUUCAGUCAUUGAUAUAACAGCUGAUUACUUCAGGUUUUUUAAUCGUAUUUAUAAAGGGACAAACGACAUUACAGAAUAGAGUAGAAGUAGAGAGACCUUCUCAAAGUAGUGUCAAGACAGGAGCCCAUAGCCUAUAAAAUAGUGAGGACAAGAGACUUACUAUAGGCCCAGCUCAAAUACUCAGCUGGUAGCAUGGCUAUUUAUGCAUUUUUCUGCUAGUCUAAGAUAAGCCCCAUUUCCACCAACGUAAAUAUUUUUGAAUGGCUGAAUUGACAAAUUACUUUAAUACUAUAAAUAUAUUGUAUCUCUCCCCUGCUUGGAGAUUAAUAGCCACCUGGCUUUAAAGUAGUCAUUUUUGUUUGUGAUUACCUGUUAAUUGGAUAAAGGAAUCAAUUUUAGAAAGAUAUGUUUUACACAGUAGCCUAACAGUGCAGUUAAUCUACUUUGUGGGUUGGUCAAAAGCAGAAAUGCUGCAUAUGGUAGGAAUUCUACAUGCUGCAAAAUUGAACUGCUGUUAAUUGUGUGAAUUGGAUGUCCAGGGAUGGGGAAGGGUUUGUCCAUGGGGAGGAGAGGACUGUGACACCCUAAAAGACAAACAGCUCUUGGACCUCCAAGUAAAGCUCUGCCUAUCCCCGUAGAAUGAGUCAAAUCCCCCGUAGAAUUAGUCAUAUCUCCCGUAGAAAGAGUCAUAUCCCUGUAGAAUGAGUCAUAUCUCCCGUAGAAAGAGUCAUAUCCCCGUAAAAUGAGUCAAAUCCCCCGUAGAAUGAGUCAUAUCCCCAGUAGAAUGAGUCAUAUCCCCCGUAGAAUGAGUCAAAUCCCCAUAGGAUAAGUCAUAUCCCCCGUACAAUGAGUCAAAUCCCCAUAGGAUGAGUCAAAUGGAUUCCUGUCUACUUUCUGGGUUAGGGUUAAGAUCGGUCUAUUUGACAUGGAGCCUAGUAAAUGGAAACUGUCCUGAGCCUAACGUGGGCUUUAAGCUCACAAGACAGAUAGGGAGGAGAAUUAUUGACACAACGGGACUUUUCUGUUUGCUAACUGUCUAUAUUCAAACCCAGGAUGUGAAACAUUAACCCAUCAAAUGACUAAAAGGCCUGGAAAAUGUUUUAGGUAAAUAUUCACGAAGAGCCCCAGCUUGCUUAAUGCUUACCUACCACCAACUGUACUGAUGGUCUAUCGAGGUCACCAUCUGUAGCGGUGGAUUUGGAUCUGAAAAAUGUUUCUAGAGUGCAAGUUCAAUUAGGGCCGAAUCCUGACCCCACUGAGCAAAGGACGUUGAAAAGACGUCUUCCUGCUUGAAAAGACGUUGAAAGGAUGUCUUUCGAAUGAUUUUUGCUCAGUGGGACAUAACAUCAAUGCAGACUUGAGUAGAACUGUGGAUUCACGCCUUAACUUAGCUGAUGUAUGGACAUAUGGUGGUGAAAACACUCCAUUUACCAAAAUGUUUAGGCUCAGGUUGAGCCCAACAUUGGCCAGCCUGUCCUUUUACACUUUUUAAUCUUGACUGGCUCCACCAGGGAUGUCUCCGACCAUUCUACUGUGGGCUUAAUGAAGAGACAAACCCAUACGUUUUACAGUAUUUUUAUUAAUAUUAUAUUCAUUUUUGUAGGGAGAAAGCAGGUCAUGUCGGUGCUGCUUCCUGAAUUGCACUCUAUUCCCUAUAUAGUGCACUUCUUUUGACCAGAGUCAUGAGCCCCGUUCCCUAUGUGGUCCAUUCAUUUUAUCCAUAGGGGUCUGGUUAUAAGUAGUGCACUUUGUAGAGAUCAGGGUGUCCUUUGGGGACUCUGAUAGGCAUUUAUAAAGCAAUCCUGUCAUUACUGACUCCUUAUUUAUUUCUAUCCUAGUUAGAGCAGCCUCAAUGCCGUUGCUUCAUACACUACAUAUACAGUCCAUGGGAUAUGUUUUACAACUAAAAUAAAGGUACACACUAAUAUUACUUUAGUGGUUCUGCUGAAACCCAGUGGUGAACAGACUCAUUAUUUUGAGUUUUGAAAUGAGGAUGGAGAAAGCAUGUGAAAAUACUGGAUUUAUACAGUAUUUAUUUAUUUUGCCCUAUCUGAGCCAAUGUGGCCUAUUUCAUCUUUGUUCUGGUUAUGGAUCUUUCUGUUGUAUUAAAUGAUAUUGUUGCUAGAAAUAAUAUAUUUUCUCUGACCGGUGUGGAAAUAGAAGCAAUCAUUCAUUUCUGAAGUAGUAAAAAUUACUUUGCUUGUCAGAAAAGUCCAAGUGCUUUUUUCCCCAAAUAAUAUGAUUUUAGCUAGCUUCAUACAUUUUCUGGCAUUGCUAAAAGUUACCCGGCUUGAUUAAAGGCUCAAUGCAUUUAAAAGCAUGUAUUUUCGGGACAUUGAAAUGACAUUCUGAAAUAAUGAACGCAACGGUAAUGCAAUGCCCCCCUUCAGGUGUAAGAGCUGGAAUCUUUACCUGUGUGGGCGGGAUGAUACAUUUGGCCAAUCGUACGAUGUCCAAGUCAGAUUUGAUUACAACAGACCAAUGACUGUUCAGGUGCGUUAGGGGGCGGUCAGUCUGUCAGGCCAGUAAGUUAGUUACUUUCAUUUAUUCAAAUGGUUUUCCUGUAAAUGCCCACACAGUUGGACUUGUCACUUGUCAUCCUUUAGGCAUUUUAAAGCCUAAAGGAUGCUGAGAGAUAUAAAUAAUAAAUGAUAUAAAAAAGGAUUACUGGAUGACUACAUUAGCUACAUUAUCCAUACUGAUAUGCUUGUGAGGUUGAAAAAUCUACUUUUUUAUUUUAAUAAUGAUUUUUAGGUUGUUUUUUACCCAGAAUCUGAGUGAGUUAACAGUAUUGUAAGAAUAUAUUGAAAUUAUCUGGAAGCAAUUACAGAUAUGCAAGACAUACUACUUUAAUAAACUCUAAGAUGGAAUUGUAAUUUAUUCUAAUUGUGUUAACAUUUUGUAUAGUAUGUAUUUAAAAACAAGAUAAUUUUCUCUUAAUUUAAAGCUGCCUAAUCUGUUGACUGUGUUUAAUUAAGAUGAAAUUGUCGUUUCUAACACUUUCCCUGAAUGACUAGGCUGUAGCCUGGUCCUAGAUAUGUUUAUGCUCUUGAUGACUCCAUUCCUAUUUAGCAUGAUAAUUUGUGACUGGAAAUCUGAAUAAUAGCCCAAACUGAUCUGGCACCCAGGCUAUGACGUAUGUGUAUCGCUGUGUUUUCUGGUAUUUAGACUGACAGGACUGUGUUAACUCUGAUAUAACUUCUGUCUUUGUAAUACAUAUUUCUCUUAAUAUUCUCUGUCUUCUUACACAUUAAAUAUACAUCAGUCUUUCAGGCAACAGAGACAAUUUGCUGUUUUUGUUUUUCUGUGACUGAAUGGUAGCGGAAGUCUGUUACAUGCAACUCUUGUUCACCAGAAUGGGCAACAAAAUACAGUAUCUCACAGAAGUGAUUACAGCCCUUUUUGUAAAUAUUU